AUGCACCCAGUUCAAGCGUUCUGUGCAUAUUUCACCUUUGUCCCCACUGGUGAACAAAGUAUGUCACGUCACUUGGAGUGGCUACUCUUCAGGGAAGUGGGUACUGGCCUAUCGAAUGCCGGCAACUCGAAGGAGCUUGUGCAAGUCUUGCUUGAUGCAGUCGAUGCACAACAUCACGGAGGUAUAAAACGACCUGAGCCUGGAACUGGGAUCAAAGUCCACUUUCGAGAUGCAAAAGGCAACUUAUUGAAAACUGUCGAGGGAAACGAAGGCGACUCACUUCUUGACCUCGCGCAAGAGUACGAUAUCGACAUGGAAGGCGCAUGCGAAGGCAGCGUCGCAUGCUCUACCUGCCAUGUAAUUCUCUCUCCAGAGCACUAUGAUCUGCUGGAAGAACCAGAGGAUGAUGAAAACGAUAUGCUUGACAUGGCGUUUGGUCUGACUGAUACAUCACGACUCGGAUGCCAAGUUUUACUCAAAAAGGAGCUGGACGGCAUGACUGCAACGCUGCCUGCAGCGACAAGAAACUUCUUCGUGGAUGGGGCAAAACCGACAAAACAUUAG